AUAUAUAUAUAGAGAGAGAAACAUGUACAUAUAGAGAGAGAGACAGUCAGUCACCCUCUCGCUUCUACUCCCCAUCAAAACAAACAAAACAUUCUCUUCUACGACACUCCUUCGCACUCUCCGUCCCCUCCGGCCACCGCAACCACCAUUUCUUGUCGUCAGAUUCCGGCUGUUCACCAUGUCCCAACCAUGACCCGGACUCGAAUCCCCAUCGCUCAACCCGACGAAGACACCACAAAACCAACCACCAACACCGCAGGUGGCGGCGGAGGAGCUACUACAGCCAUGAGGGUCAUCGUGCCCUUACAAGGAGUGGUUCAGGGCAGAGGAGGCCUCGUUCUGGGCUCAGUCAUACCCUGUGCUCUCUUCUACUUCUGGCAGCUAUACCUCAAACGCAACCGUUCGGACCCACAACCACCGCCGUCGGAGGUGACGGAGUUAUCUUCUGGGUUGUCCAGGUCUCAAUCUCGGUCUGUUCUCUCUCCAAGAGGGUCAAGUGGGCCAGCUUAUAUAUCUUCCAGGGCUAAUUCUAUUGGUAAGCAAGCGGAUAGUCCUUACCAUGUUGGAUUGAAAAGGGUUUCCGAAAAUCCGUAUGAUGAGGCAAGUAAUCCUGAUGGUGUUAUACAGCUUGGAUUGGCUGAGAACAAGUUGUCCUUGGAUUUGGUUCAAGACUGGCUAGCGAAGAAUGCGAAGGAUUCAAUUAUUGGCAGAGAUUUGAGUAUAAGUGGAAUUGCAUCCUAUCAGCCAUUUGAUGGUUUGAUGGAGUUGAAAGUGGCUGUGGCUGGAUUUAUGUCUCAAGUCAUGGAAGGAUCAGUGUCUUUCAGCCCAUCACAAAUUGUAUUAACAGCUGGUGCAACCCCUGCAAUUGAGAUGCUCAGCUUCUGCUUGGCAGAUGUGGGAAAUGCAUUCCUUGUUCCCUCACCGUAUUGCCCCGAUCUUGACAGGGAUGUAAAAUGGCGAACUGGAGUAGAGAUCAUACCUGUUCCUUGCCGCAGUGCAGACAGCUUCAGUUUAAAUAUAACUUCUGUUGAUCGAGCAUUUAACCAGGCAAAGAAACGUGGCCUAAAAGUUCGUGGGAUUAUAAUUUCAAACCCCUCACAUCCUGUAGGCACUCUGCUCAAUCGGGAAACACUUUACAGCCUCUUGGACUUUGCUACAGAGAAGAACAUCCAUAUUAUCUCCAAUGAAAUAUUAGCAGGAUCCACUCACGGAAGUGAAGAGUUUGUCAGCAUGGCAGAAAUCAUUGAGUCGGAGGAUUUCAACCGGAAUAGGGUUCAUAUAGUUUAUGGACUUUCCAAAGACCUAUCCCUUCCUGGUUUUAGGAUAGGGAUUUUAUAUUCCUAUAAUGAGAAUGUGCUUUCUGCUGCUAAAAAAUUGGCUAGAUUCUCGUCCACAUCAGCUCCAACCCAGCGUUUGCUUAUCUCCAUGCUCUCAGAUACAAAUUUCAUUAAGGAAUUUAUCAAAACCAAUAGAGAAAGGCUCAGCAGGAUGUAUAUUAAGUUUGUGGCAGGAUUGAAGGAAUUGGGUAUUAAUUGCACAAAAAGCAGUGGAGGUUUCUACUGUUGGGCUGACAUGAGUGGAUUAAUCCGCUCAUACAGUGAGAAAGGAGAGCUUGAGCUUUGGGAUAAGUUGUUGAACGUAGCUAAGGUUAGCAUAACUCCUGGAUCAUCCUGUCAAUGUAUUGAACCUGGGUGGUUCCGGUGUUGUUUUGCUACGAUAAGUGAAAAGGACAUUCCUGUAGUUAUGCAACGCAUUUUGAAAGUCUCUGAAUUUUGUAAAACUCGCAGUUGACAUGGUACUGAGCCAUUAUAUUUCCAGUUACAGAAUCAUAUCACCCAAAGUCUAAGUUGCCUUGGGUAGAAGAUGCUUUUUUUGAUCACCCACAGUGCACAGACUAACCUGCCUUGGGUAGAAAAUGCUUUUGUGGUGAUUUUUGAGUUGCAGGCACAGUUUAGAAGCAUUCGUUGCGCUUUAGGCCGAAGUAAGAGUGCUGCGAAAACAAUGGACUAAGUUGCCUUGGAAUUGUUAUGUCUUUUGAGGUUUAUAUAAUGCAACUUGUGCGCAUCUAAAAGAUCUGAAAUUGAAAUGAGGUGGUGUUGUUGAGUUACUUGGUAAGAGAAAGUGAUUCAGAAUCGUAGAGCCGUAUAUCAAAUGUCAUGUACCAGUUGUUGUCUCUUACUAGUCACCACAGUUUAUUCUUCAUUCUUCUUUGUCAUCUCUAAAUGCGUAGAUAAUCCUUUCCCAUAUUUUGCAAUUUAUCAACCCUACAUGCCUCAAAUUGUGAAGAUUGUAGAUAGGCUUUUACCAUUGAUGCAAAAGCAUGCAAGUAGUGACAAUAUUUAAUUAAAUUCAUUCCCCAAUCUUUCUGCAGAAUA